GGCGGCAAUGCAUUUUCCCCUUACCCUCGCAAUCGGCAAACCCCGACGGGUGGGUUUCAAUACACCGCUGUCGAGGGAUCGCACAGUCCGCUCAUCUCCCAGGCAUCUGAGUCGGCACGUCCGAUCCAACAGUCCUUGGUCGAGGUGGGAGGAGACGGGAGCUCGCCAGAGGUGACCGGUCAAUACUGGGGUCCUACGUCUGCGCAUUCCUUCCUCGACCGUGUUGUUCAAGAUCUUCAUCCUGCGACGCGACGUUCGCCUUCACAGCAGCAUGAUCACGAUACGCAUUCGACAAUCUCGAUUUUCUCCUAUGGCGACCGCGUUGUGCCGCUAUCCUCGGUCAUUCGGUUCACGUGGCCUGACAGGGCUACUGCUGUAGGCCUGGUUCAGCGAUAUUUCGACUUUGCUGCACCAACCUACCGAGUUCUCCAUCAACCUACUGUCGAUAGGCUGGUGUAUCGCAUGUACGAAAGCCAAACGCCGCACGACCGGUCCGGCUCAUCGCCCGUCGAGCCUUCGCUCGAGGCGGCAUCGCAAGCUCUUCUCUUGCUUCUCUUCAGCACCGCUACGAUGUUUCGGGUAGACAUGAGUGGACGUAUGCGCGACGCAGAUGACCAUGGUUGGCAGAAGAGUGAGAUGUAUUAUGCCCAGGCGGACCACCUCCUUUCUCGUGAGACGGGGGCUCCGAGCAUGGCAUCUGUUCAGGCUCGUUUCCUCAUGGUGCUAUAUUUGCUGAGCUCCUCGAGGCCUCACAAAGCGUGGUUCACCUUUGGGACAACGGUCCAGCUGAUGAUGGCCCUUGGUUUGCACAACGGACGCACAAGAAGAGGCCACGACGAGCACAAUUUAGUUCAGAAGGAAUGUCAGCGGCGACUCGUAUGGUGCUCGUACACUUUAGACAAGUAUCUCAGCGUCAUGCUGGGCCGACCACGCUUAUGGCAGGAUGAAGACAUUGAUGAGGACCUUCCUACACGGGUCAAUGAUUCAGACUUAACGCCUCAAGAGAAUCGACUCACAAAGCGUGACUGCUUGAUGGACGCCCCCGUGUUUCAUGUUCUACUAGCUCGUAUCUUGACAAGGGCUGUCAAAGAAUCUUAUGUGCAGACGGGGAUAUCCAGUCAAGAACAGAUCGCAACAAUCUGCACAUUACAUGAACAGGUACUGGCGUGGCAGGCUGGAUUGCCCCCGUUCCUGUCAGGCGUUAUCCACCCAAGCAGUCUGGUGCCGGUCUUCCGGCGCCAGCUGACAGUACUGCGACUGGCCCGAUACCAUGCCGUGAUGUUCAUCACGAGGCCGCUGUUGCUGCGGAAUUAUGGGCAGAUGUGGCCGGAGUGUGAGGCGACCUACCAGCAGCUUCUCUGCACCUGCCUUACGGCAGCCUGCGAUGCCAUUGAGCUGAUUCUCGGCUUCGUGCACGAUGACGAGCUUUAUACGGCAUUCUGGUACUCGCAGUAUAUCGCCUUCAACGCUCUUUCUAUAAUAUACAUUUAUUUGAUUCAACUUGGACAGGGGCGGAUCUUCCGCGUACGUCCCCCCUUCCUGCCAAAACCCGAGGGCUCGCUUGACGCCGAGCUGGAUGAAGCAACGCUCUACAAGCUGUCCACACUUGCUCAAGAUCAUCUGGCUAAUGCUACGGCUCGCAACGCACCCUCGUGGAAGUAUAGUGUGAUCCUCCAGGGAUUGCGCCAAGAACUGACUCGCCUGGGUCUACCCCACGCGGACGCACCACAACUCCAGGAUGCAACGGAGACAAACGCCUCUGCGGUAGCAAGUGUAGUGCUUGCGCAACCUCAUGUCCCGACAGGCCAUGUCGGUCAAAUGCCACGAGGUGAAGCGAGUGCCUUAAGGACAGGAAGCGAAGAGCACAAUAACAAUUCAAACGCCACUUCCCACCCUGCCUUUGACCACGACCACUGCAUGGACUCGAUUGGCCUAGACUCCCGUACAGAGUCCUUGUUGGAUUACUUUGCAUUGGAUAAAGAUUUGAUGUUGGACUUCUGGCCGCAGUUGGAUAGUCUGCCGAUCAACUCAGCUUUUUGA